CGAGUACAGCUCAGGACAUCUUAGCAUUGAUUUAGAGAGAGAAACCUGUUAGAAAACGUGGAUAAUUGUGACUUUAGAGAGAGAGAGAGAGUUCUUGUUUGAAGAUUGAUGUCUCUGUUUGACGCUUAUUCCAUCUGUGAAGUUGGAAAGGAUGCAGCUGGAGUUGCUGGGAACAUCUUUGCUUUUGGGUUGUUUGUAUCCCCCAUACCCACGUUUAGGAGAAUUAUCAGAAAUGGGUCAACAGAAAUGUUCUCAGGGUUGCCAUAUAUUUAUUCUCUCUUGAACUGCUUGAUCUGCUUGUGGUAUGGCACGCCUUUGAUAUCACCUGAUAAUCUGUUGGUUACAAGUGUUAAUUCAGUUGGAGCAGCCUUUCAGCUUGUGUACAUAAUCCUCUUCUUGAUGUAUGCUGAGAAAGCAAAAAAGGUGAGAAUGCUUGGAUUGCUGCUGGUAGUUUUGGGCUUAUUUGUAAUCAUACUAGUGGGGAGCAUGCAAAUAACUGACAGUUCAAUGCGCCGGAUGUUUGUGGGAUUCUUGAGUUGUGCUUCUCUCAUUUCAAUGUUCGCCUCUCCUUUGUUCAUAAUUAAACUGGUCAUUCAGACGAAGAGUGUUGAGUUUAUGCCAUUUUAUCUUUCGCUUUCCACCUUCCUAAUGAGCGUCUCCUUCUUUCUUUACGGAUUGCUCAGUGAUGAUGCCUACAUUUAUGUACCAAAUGGGAUAGGAACUGUUUUGGGAAUGAUACAAUUGGUAUUAUACUUGUAUUACAAGAAUUCAUCUAGUGAAGACUCCAGAGAACCCUUGAUAGUGUAUGCAUGAAUAUGAUCCGUACUGCUGAGUGAGGGCAAAGUGAAGAUAAAGGCAAAUACACUAUUUGUGAUUAAGAUUUAUGGUCUUUCACAGUCAGUGUGAGGUUGUUCUCUGAAAUCAGUCACGAGCAUUCUUUAUGUAUGAAACAUUCUCCAUGAUUUGAGUGAGUGAAUAUAUGGUUUUGAGAUAUGAAGUUUUUCAUUCAACUUAUUGGGAUAUUUGAAUUUGCCCUUUUAUGAUAUUUUAAUUCAUUUCUGGCAUUGUCUUCUGUAAACAUUUUAUUUUACUAUGUACGAAUUGAUGCUUUUCAUGAAAUGAGUGGAUGAAAUAUUUGCAAUAAGAGAAUGAUGUUAAUUUCCACCGUGAUAUCUUAAAGAUAAAAAUAGCGCCAAUCAAAACUCUUAAUCUUCUUACUUUAGGUAUUCAAUCUCUACCAGUAUACUGAAAAAUACUUUUCUUUUGCAAUAACAUCAAUUUUCUGAAGUAAAGAUCAUCUAAACACAAUCUUAAUGUUAUCUGUAUUUGGGAUUAGUUAAAAAUGAGUUGUGUUAGAGAAUAAUAUAAACCAUUGAAAAGGCCUUCACCUAACACCUUAAGGUUUUGGGUUGAAAUGGUUCUUUACAUGGUAUCAGAGCUCUGAUACGAUGUAAAAAACCAUUUCACCUAACACUUUAAGCUCUGAUACCAUGUAAAGAACCAUUUUAACCCAAAACCUUAAGGUGUUAGGUGAAGGUGUAUAUUAUUCUCUAAGUUGCCUUUCCAUUUUAGACUCAGAUCAAGUUUUUGGGUUUUGUCAUUUCUUUUUAGCUUACAUGCUUUUGAAUUGUUGAUUAUCAGAGAGCUAUCUUUUCCUCAAUUAACCUGAUAUCCCAGUUAGCCAAAUUCUUCCCAUUGUGUAUUUGUGGGUUGGGGGUUAGUUUUUGGUCAGGCAACCAUUUGAUGCACAAAGAUUGUUCUAAAACUAGAUAUGUUAAUACUUGCUAAUGUAGAAUUUAUAGCCGAAUCGCAUGUGAGCAUAAAUUAUGCAGUUAAAUGAUACAACAUAAAACAAUAGUGUUAAGAUUUGACUGUCUUCAUGAAAUAGGAUUUCCCUGUAAAUCAAGUAUUACAUUGACAAAAAAAAAAUUUCAAUGAUCUCUCCUACGAUAACAUGUUAGUUGAAUUGAAUACCAUCUUGUGUUUGUUUCCAUGUUCUUGUCUUUCUCUGGUUUUGCUGCUGCCUACAAGCUGUAUUUAAUGGCGUGUCAUUCAAAUUAGUAGAAAAAGAGAAGAAGGGUGUGAUCACUUUGGAAAGUAUUACCAUUGAAAUGGAAAAUGCAUUGUGGAACGCAAAGGAAGUCAUUCAAAUUAGUAGAAAAAGAGAAGAAGGGUGUGAUCAAUUUGGAAACUAUUACCAUUGAAAUAGAAAAUGCAUUGUGGAACGCAAAGGAAAAACUGCAGUUUUUUGAAAUGAUAAUUGCAUAUUUAAACUAGAUCGCAUCAUGUCAUUACUGUAAAGCCUCAUUGUCUGUCAGAUACAACUUACAAGAGAAAGGAAAACCCAGUUACAAAAGUACUACAGUAAAUCUUGUAGAGUAGUUCUCCUUGUAACAUUUCUCUUUUCCUGCACAAAACAAAAUCAAGUUGUAAAUGAACAAAUGCAGCAAAAAUGUUGUCUGAAACUGGAAUUCGCAACAUUCCUGUGAUUCAAUAUCUUGGAGAAAUUACUAUUGCAUGCUAGAGAGUGACAAGAAGUUGGGAUUAUGAAUAAAGUUCAAAUUUCUUGUGUAUUUAUGCAUU